CAAUAACCGGCCCAACGAUACUCGAUCACGAACCUCAUCUCGGUUGAUCGCGUAUCCAACGGAUACCACGACUCAGCUCCAUCCUUCCACGCGACAUCGAGUCUCCGCUGCUUGCAAAACUCGACCAUGCGGCGUGCGAGAGUAGACAGUCUUGUGCAUCUGCUGCUCCUAUGCACCAUCGGACUGACCGUGAACGCAGUCACGAUUCCAUAUGAUGGGGUCGGUAACAACCAGCUCUAUCCGCAGCGAGGGGCUGCAGAGAGCCCGUAUUUGCGGCUCAUGGCCCCAGCCUAUGCUGGUACGCAUGCAGAACCUUCAGGACCCAAUCGACCAAAUCCGAGGAUUGUUUCGAAUGCGCUGUUUCACUACGGCUCCUCGACAAUCAGCCCGGAGGGACGCUCGGACUGGAUCGGGGUCUGGGGUCUCUACAUCCACCUCGACACCACUCUCGCCGACCGCAACGCGAGUGAAAGCUGUGCGAUCAAUGUGCCAACGGGUGAUACCGUGUUUGAUCCCCACAGCCAAGGAGGAUAUCAAAUACCCAUGAUUCGCACUUCUGUGAUCCCAAAUUCAACUGAUCCGCGGCAGGCAGGAUCGCGGGUUCUCUCGAACGGGUUUUCGUCAUAUCUCGACGCGUCCGGCAUUUAUGGGGUCAACUCUCAAUCGCAGUCGCUGGUCCGACUUUUCCGAGGUGGGCUGCUUCGAACUCAGAUCGAUCCCGUUGCAGGAGAGAUCCCAAUAUAUGUACGUAUGAUUGCUUGAUGCGCGCCUGCGUGAUUGUCCUUGAGCCUUCACAAAUUGGCACAAUCGACUCGCGCUUCACAGAGACGUGACCAAAGUGACGGUUACCCUCCGACAGG